AUGAGAGCACUCACUCACUCACUCACUCACUCACUCACUCACUCUCUGUCUGUCUGUCUGAUGUCCAUAGUGAGCAUCGUUGCCAGGGAGAUCCUGGACUCCCGCGGAAACCCCACGGUGGAGGUGGACCUGAGGACGGAGAGAGGGCUGUUCCGGGCUGCUGUGCCCAGUGGAGCGUCAACAGGAAUCUAUGAGGCUCUGGAGCUCAGGGAUGGAGAUAAGAGCCGCUACAAGGGCAAAGGUGUGCUCAAGGCUGUGGGUCACAUUAAUGACACUCUUGCACCUGCUCUUGUUGAGUCUGGGAUCAGUGUUGUGGAGCAGGAGAAACUGGAUAACAUGAUGAUUGAGAUGGAUGGCACAGAAAACAAAUCUAAAUUUGGCGCUAACGCUAUCCUGGGCAUCUCCUUGGCCAUCUGUAAGGCUGGUGCAGCAGAAAAAGAAGUCCCUCUGUACCGUCACAUUGCCGACCUGGCAGGAAACACAGAACUGGUGCUUCCAGUUCCUGCCUUUAAUGUGAUCAACGGAGGUUCACAUGCAGGAAACAAAUUGGCCAUGCAGGAGUUCAUGGUACUUCCUGUGGGGGCGGAGUCAUUCCGUGAGGCCUUGCGUGUGGGGGCAGAGCUCUAUCAGACUCUGAAAGGCGUGAUCAAAGACAAAUAUGGCCAGGACGCCACUAACGUGGGCGAUGAGGGUGGCUUUGCUCCUAACAUACUAGAAAACAGUGAAGCUCUGGACUUGCUGAAGAUAGCCAUAGAGAAGGCUGGCUUUACAGAUAAGGUGGUGAUUGGCAUGGAUGUGGCUGCGUCUGAGUUUUACCGUGAUGGAAAGUAUGACCUGGACUUCAAAUCUCCGCCCGACCCCGGCAGGCACAUCAGCGCUGAGGAGCUGGCUGAAAUCUACCAGGGCUUUGUCAAUGACUACCCAGUGGUGUCUAUUGAAGACCCCUUUGAUCAGGAUGACUGGGAAGCCUGGUCUCGAUUCACGGCCACUGUUGGGAUCCAGGUUGUUGGGGACGACCUCACGGUGACGAACCCUUGGCGGAUAGAGAAAGCCGCGGAGGAGCACGCUUGUAACUGCCUCCUGCUCAAAGUCAACCAGAUCGGCUCUGUUACCGAGUCAAUACAGGCGUGUAAACUGGCUCAGGCCAAUGGCUGGGGAGUGAUGGUGAGUCACCGCUCUGGAGAAACGGAGGACACAUUCAUUGCUGACCUGGUGGUGGGACUCUGCACUGGUCAGAUUAAGACUGGAGCUCCAUGCAGAAGUGAGCGUUUGGCCAAGUACAACCAGUUGAUGAGGAUUGAGGAGGAGUUGGGCGAUCAAGCACGAUUUGCUGGGCACAACUUCAGAAAUCCCAGUGCCCUGUGA